AUGGAGAGAAGGCUUUACGAAGCAGCACUUAGUGGUAGUGUACCCUCUUUAGAAGCUUUGAUGAAAGAAGAUGAACUCAUUCUGGAUAGAGUCUCACUUACUUGGAUGGGGGAAACUCCUUUACACAUAGCAGCCUUGCGUGGCCACUCUGAUCUCACACGAGAGCUUUUGAAUCGAAAGCCCAAACUCGCUACCGAGUUAGACUCAUUUGGGCGUUCACCUCUUCACUUGGCUUCUGCUGAGGGCCACACACAGAUUGUAUGUGAGCUGUUACGCGUGAAUGCUGCGGAUGUUUGCUACAUUCGUGAUCAAGAUGGGAGAAUCCCUCUACACUUAGCUGCAACGAAAGGGCGACACGAGGUUAUACCACAUCUGGUUCAAGCCUGCCCCGAGUCCACUAGGGUGAAGCUAGACCNCUUAGCUGCAACGAAAGGGCGACACGAGGUUAUACCACAUCUGGUUCAAGCCUGCCCUGAGUCCACUAGGGUGAAGUCGUUUGAAGGCUUUGAUGUCAGUGGUGGAAUUGCUGAGNUGCAUUUGUGUGUUAAACAUAGUCGUUUGAAGGCUUUGAUGUCAGUGGUGGAAUUGCCGAUCGAUGAUAUGGAGUUUGUCAACUCCAAGGACAACAAUGGCAACACCAUCUUGCAUCUUGCUGCAAUCCUCAAACAGGAGGAGACCAUAAAAUUCUUGCUCUCGAAAACGGGUGUCAUUGAGAAGGCAAAUUCCACGAAUGGGAAUGGUUUUACAGCUUUGGAUGUCCUAGAGCUCUGUCCUAGAGACUUAAAAAGUAUGGAAAUCCGAGAUAUUAUGUUGGAGGCUGGCGUUCGAAGAGCCAGGGAACUUCAACCUGAUUUCCCCCCAGCAUCUGUACUGAAUCUCGCAACAAAUACUGGAGCAAGGGCAUCAUCACAGAGCAUUUCUCAAACUCGCUGUGGAGCAUUGCUAUCAAAGGCAUUGGUUUGGAUGGAGAAACUCUGCUACGAUAACAAGGGAUUGAAACAGGCACGUGGGAACUUGAUGGUGAUAGCAACUGUGACAACAACUUUGGCUUUCCAAGCUGGAGUGAACCCACCAGGGAUGUUUGGCAACAAUCUAAUGAUUAACAUGAGGCAGGUAGUUCAAUUAUAG